AUGCCUGAUAAGAAACCUUUUUUUGACCAUAGUUCUACCAGCAGACAAAUAGCACAAAAGUCUGAACCCCCCGAAAAGGGGAAUAUUGAGGGUGAUGAUUUUGAUUGCUUUCAGUACGAAUUAAAAUCCAUGUUCUCGGAUAUCAAAUCACAGACGAUUAAACAUUUGUAUCACGAAUUUCAUGAUAAGCCUGAAGCAUUACCACUUGCAAUAAACGCUUUCUUAGAUGAUCCCCAGAAGUAUCAAUACGAAGACCAGACAACAAACAAAAAGGACAUAAUUCCCACGCAUUCAGACGAUGAUUUUAGCAAUAACGUUGAUCAUGUAUCUAAAAACACCCUCGAUUUUGAAUUUCAUACUAAUAAGCGACAAAAGCAGCCAGCCAACUGGAGGAGAUAUGUGGGUAGUUUUGAAGUAGAAUGUUGGUGUACAAGGUACGUCGUCGGCUUGCUCGACGUCAAUGAAAAAGUUUUGCUAUCCAAAAGUCAAUCAAAAGAUAAUUUUGUUCAUGUUAAUAGAGUUGAGAAGUCAGGGAAUAGGCGUGAAAUUGGAAGAAUUGUGGAAAUAUGUGCAAAAAUAGUAGCACCAUUAUUGGAAUGUCAUGGUAUUGAGUUCAGUGCGUCAUUGAGCCCUAUAUCAAGUCGAAAGCUUAGGACAGGAGAUUCAUUCUACAUAACGCUUGACUGUUUUGUGACUGAUCAACUAUUUGAAGCAAGACCCUUUGAUGAAGAAGAUCUGGAAAACGUUUUGAAAACUGCCCAACAUGCCAGAUCAGCGAACACCCAAUAUGCUCUGGAUAAAGGUACUGCAUUGAUCAGCUUGUUCAAAAAGCUGAACAUAAUUUCAGACGACAGUCAAGAUGUUAAAGUAAAAGAGGCGACAGGUUUUGGGGAACCAGAAGAUGAAAACGAAAGAAGAUUACAGGAUCAGCAUUUAGAGGAAAAUGAUGGGGCGUUAGCCAUGAAUCAGCUAAAAUCUUUCUAUCAGUCUACUGAACUGAAAUAUGAAGAUACACUGCUCCCGGAUUCAAAACCCAAUGAUUUUUUGUUGGAAUUACGUCCCUAUCAGAAAUACGGAUUGAGCUGGAUGCUUUUCCGUGAACAUGAAUAUGAUUUGGUUGGACUCAACAAUCCCCAAGUCACAGAUGAACGAAAAGAGAAUUUCAAAAAAAUGAUGACAGAAAAUAAUGGCACUAGAAACCCCUUAUGGAAGGAAUGUAAAUGGCCUACUUUCUCAUCAUUAUCAGACGAUGGUUUUUGUGAAAACACGGAAAAUUCUUUUUACGUGAAUCUUUACACCGGUGCGUGUUCCCAUUAUUGCCCUGUGAUACAAAAUCAUACGUAUGGUGGCAUACUAGCUGAUGAAAUGGGAUUAGGGAAGACAAUCACUACCCUGGCGCUUAUCCUCAGCUGCCACCAAGAUAAGUCUUAUACUCAACCACGCCGCAGAGACAGAUAUGCUUAUAGGACUACGCUGGUAAUUGUUCCCAUGGCCCUACUAUCGCAGUGGGAAAGUGAAUUUGCAAAAGCGAAUGGCAACACGCAAAAAAAGUGCUUUAUUUAUUAUGGCAGUGAAACAUUAGGCGAUUUGAGUCUAUUACUGUGCGAGAACCCCACUGCACCCAUUAUGAUUUUGACCACAUACGGAACGGUUCAAAGCGAGGCAGCGAGAAUCACAAAGACAGGAAAUAGGAUAGGUUUGUUUUCAGUUACGUUUUUCCGUAUUAUCAUCGACGAAGGUCAUAAUAUAAGAAAUAGAUCAGCCAAGACAACAAAAGCUGUGAAUUCUCUCAUGUCAAGCAGAAAAUGGGUUCUAACAGGUACCCCAAUCGUCAACAGACUGGAUGACUUAUACUCACUUUUCGUUUUUUUGGAUCUGCAACCGUGGGCAAAAUAUUUCAUUUGGAGACGAUUUAUCACUGAACCGUUUGAUCAGGGAAGAGACUUGAAUAAUGCGUUUGCCCUAUUAAAGUCAAUUUUGAAUCCAAUAAUUCUUCGAAGAACAAAAGAUCAGAAGGACAAGGAUGGCAAUUUGUUGGUAUCACUCCCGUCGAGGGAGAUCAUAAUCGAAAGACUGAAAUUUAAUGAGAAAGAAGAAGCUCUUUAUAAUCAUCUAAAAGCCAAAGCAAUCACCGUGCUCACCGAGAAUCUGAAGGCAGGGCUUGUUCUAAAAAACUAUUCUUCAAUACUAACUCAUCUUUUGCGUUUAAGACAAGUAUGUUGCCAUUUGGACCUAAUGAGAUUGUCUUUCAAGGAUAUGCUAAACGAAGAUGAAGAUCUGAAAGAAAGUUCAAAGUUACUGGCAGAUCAGGCUGUGGACGAGAGUUUUCGAGUUUUGCAGGAUCUUGAGAAAGAAGAAGAAAAAAGUAAAAUAUCUUCUGAGCAAUUGCUUGCCAUGAAGAACGAGAUAUACCAGUCAUAUCCAGACUUUGACGGGAUCGAAUGCGCCAUUUGCACAGGCCCCAUUGAAAUUGAGACAUGUGUGAUUACUGAAUGUAAGCAUUGUUUUUGUCUUGGCUGUCUUAUGGAGCAUUUCAAUUUUCAAUCUCGGCUUCAUACUUCUAUUAGUGCUAGCAACAAUCUGAUUCAAUCCCAGCUUUCCGAGGCUCCAGUAAUAUCGACAGAAGUACUUUGCCCUGUUUGCAGACAUCCAAUUCAUAAGAACCGUUUAUUCAAAACUUUCAAACCCGAGUUUAAAGGCUGUUCUUCUAUAAAGGUGGAUGAUACUAACGCUUUCCUUACACAGAUCGAUUCUACGCAUGCAAGGAACUACUACAUUCGCCCGUUUAAUACUUGUGGGAAAUCCUCGAAAACCAAUGCUCUUCUUUCACACCUUCAACAGAUAUAUGAAGAAUGUCCCGGUGACCACGUGAUUGUAUUCUCCCAAUUCACAACGUUUUUAGAUCUUAUCGAAAAGGAGCUGAGGAGUUACAAGUCUAAAUUCAGAACUUUAAAGUUUGACGGGAGAAUGAACGUGGACCAAAGACAAGCAACUCUAAACGAAUUCAACACAAAGACAGUAGAUGGGAAAAUAACCGUUCUUUUGAUCAGCCUGAAGGCAGGAGGGGUGGGCUUGAAUUUGACUAUUGCAUCCAAAGCUUUCUUGCUUGAUCCUCAUUGGAAUAAUGCCACCGAGUUCCAAGCUAUAGAUCGUAUUCAUAGAGUUGGACAGAGUAAAAGUGUGAAAGUCGUUAGAUUCAUUAUGGAAGGAAGUAUAGAGGAAAGAAUGCUUAAGAUUCAAGAACGAAAGAAUCAGCUUGGAGAGGCGUUAUCCAUGAACGAUGAGGAGAGACGAAAAAAGAAAGUUGAAGAGAUUGAAAUUCUGUUCGCCGAUUGA